AUGGAGUAUUUUCGUUACUAUCAUAGUUGGAUGUACGAUAGAACGUUACCCGGCAGACGUGGACUUACACCAAAUUUUGAGGAAGGAGUUAAGGGGUUUAUCACGUGGGCAUUUGCACAAGAAUGUUGUCGACGUGAAGGAGGAGUGAGAUGUCUUUGUCUUAAAUGUGAAUGUAGAUCUAUAAUUAGUGACCUAGAGGAAGUAGAACAUCAUUUGAAGAGGAAGGGUUUCAUUAAAAAUUAUUGGGUUUGGACAUAUAAUGGAGAACAACUGCCGAGUAACGUAUAUUCAGAGACAACUAAUACACACGCAUCAAGCAGUCGAUCACAUAUGGAAUCUGAUGAACAAUUUAAUCUGAUCGAUGAAAUGGUUGGAAAUGCAUUUGGAGUAAAUGUGACAUAUGAUGAACCUCAGGAUUUUGAUGGGGAAGAGUUGCCGAAUGAGGAAGCACAAAGAUUUUAUCAAUUGUUGAAAGAAAUGAAUACACCAUUGUUUGAGGGGUCAGCAGAUUCAAAAUUAUCAAUGUGUGUGAGAUUAUUGGCCGCAAAGUCAAAUUGGAAUGUUCCUGAUCAGUGUUUGGAAUACUUUGCAAAAAUGAUGUUGGAUGCGACUCCUACGAAAGACAACUUGCCUACAAGAUAUUAUGAUGCAAAGAGGUUGGUGUCGAAGUUGGGUUUAGAAGUACGAAAGAUUGAUUGUUGCAUAAAUGGAUGUAUGUUGUUUUAUGACAAUGAGUUUGGUAUUAAUGAUGAGGCGCUGGAGGAAUGUAAGUUCUGUAAGAGUCCGAGAUAUCAAGUUCGUAGUAAAGUCAUUAACCGUAAACAAAAACGUGUAGCAGUGAAGUCCAUGUUUUAUUUGCCGAUAAUACCAAGGUUAAAAAUAUUGUUUGCUUCAAUGCAUAUUGCAAGUCAAAUGACAUGGCAUCAUACAAACAAAACAUGUAAAGGAAUUAUGCGACAUCCAUCUGACGGUGAGGCAUGGAAACAUUUUAAUAGGGUACAUUCUGAUUUUGCUGCAGAACCUAGAAAUGUCAGGCUCGGACUGUGCUCUGAUGGUUUUACUCCAUACGUCCAAGCAUCUGCAAUUGCAUAUUCCUGUUGGCCAGUUAUCGUAACCCCUUACAACCUCCCUCAUGAGAUGUGCAUGACAAAACCAUACAUGUUUUUGACUUGCCUCAUUCCAGGACCGUCAAGUCCUAAAUCCGGAAUCGACGUUUAUUUGCAACCUUUAAUAGAUAAGAAAUAUAACACUGUUGAUAUUCGAAUGGACAGAAGGUACAAAGAGUAUGACCCUUUCAUAAUGUCACAUAUCGUUAAACAAGUUUAUUAUGUUCCGUACCCUUCAAUUCAGUCACGUAAACGUGGAUGGUGUGUUGUAAUCAAAACAAAACCAUUGAGUCAUAUUGAAACUAAGGAUCUAGUGGAAGAUGUUGCUUACCAAGACCAUGAAAUUUCUCAAAUUAAUGAUGUGGUUGAAGUUGAAGAAAUUACAAAUUUGUGUGAUACAUUGGCCGAGGGUCAUCAAAUUGAUGCAUCUGUUUUGUUGGUAGAUAAUAAUGUGGACGAAGAACAUGAAGAUAUUGGAUCUGAGGACAUUAUUGGAUCAGAUGAUGAAAAUAAUAUGGCCGAAGAGCAUGAAGAGUUUGAAUAG